AUGACCGAAGCUCCUCAAGUAAUGGCCGAAGAAGAUGGUGGAAGAGUUGAAAUUAAUGAUAAUAUGUGUGAAAUGAUUAAUGAUGUAUUUGCAGAUCAUUCCUUUAAUAACGACAUGACGGAUGAUGACGAGAUGGGUGCAGAGUCAAGCCAUACUAGAAGUCAAGAUGGGACAAAUUUCUUUGAAUUAAUGCAAGAUGGACAACAAAGUUUAUAUGAAGGAUNUGAUAAAUAUUCGAAACUUUCAUUCUUGGUGAAGUUGUAUCACAUCAAAUGUCUAUGCAGAAUAAGUGACAAAGCUAUGUCCAUGAUACUAGAGUUGCUAGCAGAUGCAUUUCAACAUGCUANAAUUCCAAAUUCAUUCUAUGAAGCCAAAAAAGUCAUUAACAAGCUUGGUCUUCAUUACACCAAAAUUGAUGCUUGCUCGAAUGAUUGUAUGUUGUAUNUUGGAGAAGACAAAGAUAGAGAUUCUUGUAAGAAAUGUAAGACAUCAAGAUGGAAUCCAAAAAAGAGAAAUACAAUUGGUGAUGAUGUUGUUCUUAAUAAGCGAAAGAAGAUUCCUGCAAAGGAAAAAAUUCAAGCAUAUGAAUCUACAACACCGUCUCAAUCAAAAGAAAUAUCAAGUUCAGAUUCAUUGGCUCAUGUUUUAGGAAGUCAAGAGCAUAGUGGACGUGUUCGCGGUCUAGGUUUGGGUCCUUGUCCAUCUAAAGUCUUUGGAGUCCAUACUCGUUCUCAUAGUGGAUCAUCUUCAUCUACUCCUUUUAAUGCUGAAUUACAAUCUCAGGUAUCUUCACUGACUUCUUCUAAUGUUCAAUUACAUUCUCAGGUAUCUUCAUUGACAUCACAAGUUAGUGAAAUGAAGGCAAUGAUGACACUUUUGUUGCAAAAUCAUCAAGGCUCAUUGCCUUUACAAUUUGCAGUAUUUCAACGAUCAUCGGUUGUUAAUGGAGAACAGCAAAUCAGAUGCCUUCCAAAGGAGAGGGAAGCACUCCUCCGAUUCAAGGCUGCCAUUGUCGAUCACAACAGCAUGCUCUCAUCUUGGAGCACUCCUCACUGCUGCCAAUGGGAGGGGAUUCGCUGCAGCAACCUCACCUCCCAUAUUAUAAGCCUCGACCUUCAUGGAGAUGAAGAAUAUGAAGAAUGUUAUAUGAGCGGAGAGAUCCACAAAUCGUUGAUGGAGUUGCAACAAUUACAGUAUUUGAACCUCAGUUACAAUUAUUUUGGAGGAACUCAUAUCCCAAAGUUUCUUGGUUCUCUCAGAAACUUGAAAUACCUUGAUUUGUCUCAUUGUGAUUUUGGCGGAAGAAUUCUAAGUCAGUUAGGUUCUCUUUCUCAUUUGAAAUACUUAAAUCUUGCUUUGAAUUAUUUAGAGGGUUCAAUCCCUCAUCAGCUUGGAAAUCUCUCCCAAUUGCAGCAUCUUGAUCUCAGAGGCAAUCUUUUAGAAGGAAAUAUAGCACCUCAACUGGGAAAUCUCUCCCAAUUGCAUGAGCUCUAUCUUGGACAAUAUUACGAUCUCAAAAUUAGUGACGGAGUGAUUGCAAAGCUACCCAAACUAAGAGAACUAAGUUUAGUUGAUUGUAGCCUUUCCGAUCAUUUGAUUCUGUCAUCCAAACAUUCUAAGUUCAAUUUCUCUACAUCCCUCUCUGUCCUUGAUCUAAGCGAUAACACCUUCACAUCACCAAUGGGUUCCAUAUCAAGUGAUUUUGGCAUAGUCAUGAAUUCGCUUAAGCAUCUUGACCUCUCCUCUAAUUAUUUCGAGGCUAGGGAUUUGAAAUCCUUCAUUAAUAUAUGCACCUUACAUUCUUUAUACCUGUCUUCUAACAAUUUCACUGAAGACCUUCCCUCCAUUCUCGGUAAUUUGUCAAGUGGAUGCGUCAGACACUCAUUGCAAGAAUUGGAUUUGAGUGUUAAUUACAUCAGUGACACUUUGUCUGACAUUUUAGUAUUCUCCUCUUUGAAAUCAUUGUUUCUUAGUGAAAAUCAGUUAAGCGGAAGGAUACCCGAAGGUGGGAAGUUACCAUCUACUUUGGAGGAUUUGUCAGUUCGGUCAAAUUCAUUUGAAGGUGGAAUUCCAAAAUCAUUGGGCAAUGCAUGUUCUUUGUUGUCAUUGGACAUUUCUAGUAAUGGCUUGAGUGAUGAUCUUCCGAUGAUAAUUUCUCACUUGUCUGGAUGUACUAGAUAUUCAUUGCAAGAAUUAAGACUAAACAUGAAUCAAAUCAGUGGCACACUACCUGACUUUUCAACAUUCAUAUCUUUAAAAAUAUUAUAUCUUUACAACAAUAAGCUAAAUGGAGAGAUUCCUAUGGACAUUCAAUUUCCACCUAAAUUGGAGGAGCUCUAUAUCUCUUCAAAUUCUUUAAAAGGUUUGCUGACUGACUACCACUUUUCUAAUAUGUCUAAGUUAGAGUACUUGGAUUUAUCUGAUAACUCAUUGGGCUUGACAUUCACUCAAAACUGGAUUCCACCUUUUCAAUUGCUAUCUAUACAUUUGAGAUCUUACAAGCUAGGUCCAACAUUUCCCAUGUGGUUGCAGACACAAAAUAAAUUUGUCACUAUUGACAUUUCGAAUGCUACAAUAUCAGGUAUUAUUCCUGAAUGGUUUUGGGCUAAAUUACCUCUACAAAAAGUGUUGAGAGUGGAUAUUUCAUUCAACAAUCUACAAGGUACAAUUCCAAAUGUUUCAUCAACAUAUGUUUCUACUUUCAUGAACCUUGGAUCAAAUCAAUUUGAAGGUUCUAUUCCUCUAUUUCUAAGGAAUUAUGCAAUUCUUGAUCUAUCGAAAAAUAAAUUUUCAAAUACUCUUUCAUUUUUGUGUGGAGAUGAUGCAAUUUCAAUUCAAAAUCAUUUAGACAUUUCAUACAAUCAGUUAUCCGGAAAUAUCGCAGAUUGUUGGAAACAAAUUAACUCACUAGUUUAUUUAGAUUUAAGCCACAAUAACUUUUACGGAAAAAUUCCAACUUCAAUGGGAUGGCUUCUUGAUCUUGAAGCAUUAUUGUUGAGAAACAACAAUUUAGUAGAAGGAAUCCCUUUCUCCAUAAAAAAUUGCACAUGGCUAAUAAUGCUUGAUUUGUCAGAAAACAAAUUGUCAGGAUCUAUCCCUGAUUGGAUUGGGACAAAAGAAGAGUUGAAAAUAUUAACUUUGGGAAAAAAUCAAUUCUUUGGGAGUUUACCAAUCACGGUUUGUUGUUUAAGAAGCAUUCAGGUCUUAGAUCUCUCAUUGAACAAUUUAUCUGGUAAAAUUCCUAAAUGCAUAAACAACCUUACUUCAAUGGCCGCCGAAACAGAAUAUUAUUUUUCUGUAUCUCAUUCAUAUGAUUUGAAAGCAUGGUUGACAUGGAAAGGUUCAAAACAAUUUUUUAUGGAUGAAAGUCUGGAACUUUUGAAAAAGAUUGAUCUCUCAAGCAAUCAUUUUUCAGAAGAAAUUCAUGUAGAAAUAGAGAAAUUAUCUGCAUUGAUUUCAUUGAACUUAUCAAGAAACAAUUUGAUUGGAAAAAUUCCUUCAAGCAUUGGAAACUUAACAUCACUUGAGAGUCUUGAUUUGUCAAGAAACCAGUUGGUUGGUUCAAUUCCUUCAAGUCUUGCUCAAAUUUAUUUUCUUAGUGUGUUAGAUUUAUCUUAUAAUCAUCUAAGUGGAGAAAUUCCAACAAGCACACAAUUACAGAGUUUUANUACAUCCANNUAUGANGAUAAUCUUGGUCUNUGUGGACCNCCACUUGAGAAGUGUAUUGAGGGUGGGUUUGCACAAGAACCAAAUGUUGAAGUUGAUGAAGAUGAAUAUUCAUUAUUAAAUAAUGAUUUUUUUAUAAGUAUGGCAUUUGGAUUUGUUGUAAGUUUCUGGAUAGUAUUUGGCUCAAUCUUAUUCCGACGUUCUUGGCGACAUGCCUAUUUCAACUUCUUAAACAACUUAGAAGACAUUGCUCACGUCAAAAUAGUGCUCUUUGCUAGACUACUUAAGCUCAACAAAGAUUAA